GCUCGGCUCGCGUCGAAAACUUGGGAUCUUUACGACCGGCUCGGACGCCUAUCAUUUGUUAGAUACCAAAGAUGUCUGCGGAUAGUGAGAUGUCGUCGUGGUAUAUAUACACCCAGUCAAUGCAUCUGCUCUUGGUGCUGAUUGUGGUGCAUUCUUUCUGAACGAAAAAGUCGAACGUACAUCAUGACUGACAAACAAGAGGUCGAACGCACGCCUACGCUGGAGCAACCAGGGCCCUGGGUGAUGGAGGAUGUGACUAUGGUUACGUUGACGGAGGAGGAUGACCGUCAUAUCAGAAGGAAGACAGACAUCCAUCUCCUGAUAAUGCUGACGUGGAUCUACUUCCUACAAGUCUUCGACAAAGCAGUGUUUGGAACCGCAGCCCUCUUCAAUCUGCGACAGGACACUGGACUCACGGGUGCACAAUACUCCCUCGUGGCGUCCAUCUCGUCGAUAGCGCAGCUGUCAUGGCAGCCGUUCUCCGCCUGGCUUAUCGUCAAGGUUCCACACCGGAUCUUGAUGCCCUCGCUCGUCCUUGGAUGGGGUAUUGCGGAAGCAUGCAUAGCCGCAGCUCGCAACUUUCCUGAACUGCUCGUCGCUCGCUUCUUUCUAGGUCUUUUCGAGGCCGGCUGUAUCCCUCUCUUCACGAUCAUCACGGGACAGUGGUACCGGCGUGCUGAACAACCACUCCGGGUCUCGGCUUGGUACUCUAUGAAUGGUCUUGCCACUAUGGCAGCUUCUGCUGUAUCCUACGGCCUUGGUCACAUCGAUUCUGAACUACUCAGACCAUGGCAGAUAAUCUUCCUUUUCGCCGGUCUCCUUACAAUCCUCAGUGCACCACUAGUCUACUGGAAACUGGACAAUGGGGUCACUAGUGCCCGUUUCUUAUCAGAGCAGGAACGGCUUCAAGCCGUCAAACGCCUCUCCACCAACCAGACCGGCAUUGGCUCGUCCAAAUUCAGGUGGGCUCAAGCCGCCGAAGUGGCUAUCGAACCCAAGUCCUGGCUUUGGGUCAUCAUGGCCGUGCUGCCGAACCUAGGAUCGGCGUUGACGAGCUUCUUCGGCCCAAUCAUUAUCGCAGGUCUAGGGUUCGACAAAUAUGAGGCAUCACUGCUCAACAUCCCAUUCGGAGCGAUGCAAACCCUCGUCAUCGCAGGCGCAUGCUGGGUUUCUUAUAACAUGAAAAUGAAAGGUGUUGCUCUGCUCGGCUUCAUGCUACCAGUGGUGGUGGGCAUCGCGAUGCUUUACGGGCUUGAUCGGAGCACAUCUUCCCGGCCGGCACUGCUCGCAGCCUAUUACUUGCUUGCCUUCCUGUUUGCCGGGAACCCUUUGCUUCUCUCAUGGGUCGUCGGAAACACCGCCGGAACAACCAAGAAAUCUGUGACUCUGUCGCUCUACCAAGCCGGUCUAUCCGCAGGAGGCAUUGCGGGUCCAUUCAUGUUCAAAGCCGACCAAGCGCCAGUCUACCGAUCCGGAGUCCUCGGUGUGCUAGCGAUAUUCAUCGCAUUGAUUGCGUGUAUCGUCCUGCAGCUGGGAAUACUCACCUGGUUGAACAAGCAGCAGCGGAAGAAGAGGAUACAAAACAGCAAGAGCGCGGAUGUUGUUGAUCAGUCCAUGCAGAAGAAACUCCACGCCUUUGAUGGCAUUGAGGAACAGCGAUUGGAGGCUUCUGCGUUUGCUGACAUAACAGAUCGGCAUAAUGAUGAGUUUGUAUAUAUCUACUGAAGAAGCUGCGUCUUGAGCCUUGACAGGAACAUUCAGGCACGUUGUCAGUCAUUGAACGAGAUGAACCGUGGACCAGUACCGUCAACGCUGGUCUUCACCCUUGGAGUUUGGGUUUAUGGUAGCAGGAGGUGGGAAAGGAACAUGCAGGCUGCACAUAACAGUAAUACACACACUUGA